CGGCCCUGAUGGACGGCGCUUAGCACAGGCCUGGCACGGGAAGCCUGUGGCUCAUCUUUCUGUCACCACCACCGCCUGCCAACAGCCGCACGUGGCCAGGGGCCGCAGAGAACUGGCCAACCGGUUGUGCCUGGGGUCGGAACACUGGAUUCCGCCCCGUUGCCUCCUGCCCUCUGCAUGACUUUUGCCUGUGCCGCCCCUCUGUAGAGGUUAUUAAGGAGGAAGCCAUAGCAGCUGACAGGGCUGUUGGGAGCACAGACGUCAGCUGCGCCCCAGCCCCUCUCCACGAUGUGGCUUCUGCUCACCUUCUCCUUCCUGCUGGCAUCUGCAGCCCAGGAUGAAGACAAGGCUCCGGAAGGGGAGGAGUGUGUGCCCCACUCCCAGCCGUGGCAGGUGGCCCUCUUCGAGCGUGGGCGCUUCAACUGCGGGGCUUCCCUCAUCUCCCCGCGCUGGGUGCUCUCUGCUGCCCACUGCCACACCCGCUUCAUGAGAGUGCGCCUGGGCGAGCACAAUCUGCGCAAGCGUGAUGGUCCCGAGCAACUGCGGACUGUUUCUCGCAUCAUCCCACAUCCGCGGUAUGAAGCGCGCAGCCACCGCCAUGACGUCAUGCUGGUGCGGCUAGCCCGGCCUGCGCGUCUGACCCCCCAGGUGCGCCCGUUGGCUCUGCCCGCCCGUUGCCCCUACCCAGGAGAGGCCUGCAUGGUGUCUGGCUGGGGCCUGGUGUCCGACAACGAGCCCGGGACCACAGGAAGCCCUGAGUCUCAAGUGAGUCUCCCAGACACACUGCAUUGUGCCAACAUCAGCAUCAUCUCGGACACAGCUUGUGACAAGGACUACCCGGGAGGCCUGACGGACACCAUGGUGUGUGCCGGAGUAGAGGGCGGAGGAACGGACUCCUGUGAGGUCAGAUCCCAGAGGGGCCAGCAGGGUGACUCUGGGGGACCCCUGGUCUGUAGGGGUGCUCUGCAGGGCAUUGUGUCCUGGGGUGAUGUCCCUUGUGACACCACCACCAAGCCUGGCGUCUAUACCAAAGUCUGCCGCUACCUGGAGUGGAUCAGGGAAACCAUGAAGAGGAACUAAUUGGACUCUGAGUGGAAGCCUCCACAGCUGACCAGCGGCCCCAUCCUGCCCUCGGCCACUUCUGCACCCACUCUGUCCCUGUCCAAGUCCCAGAUGUUAGCCAAGGACUUGUGUCUGAAGCUAUAGGUGGUGUUCAAGGUCACCUGUUUAACACCAAGAUAAGAGGUUAAUUCAAGUUUCUCCGUAGGAGUUCUUUCUUCUGGAGAUGAAGGGAAAUAGGAGCCAGAAGCUGGGGGUGGGGGUACUGAGAGACACAGAACAAAGUUCCAUCUCAAUCCUUGUCCCUCUAGUAGGUGAGAGGAAAUGACUUCAAGCAGGCCUGUGUCCUUUCAGCACAUGUGAGCAAGUGCAUGAUGCUGAACAGGGUCUCAACCUCACUCACCCUGGAUCCUCGCAUCUGUAAAAUUCUGACCAUGAUAUCACUUACCCCGGUGGUCAUGAGGAGAGAUUGAGGUAAUUCUUAUGAACUGAUUAGAACAGUGUCUGGCACUGGGUAAAUAAAUCACUGAACCCCAGAGAGAACCCACACACACUAGGUUACCAAGAAUGACUUCUUUAUCUUAAAGAUUUGAUUCAAGGUUUCCUGCUAGUCAUGACAAACAAGGCAAACUCCUCCUUUCCUUAACCAGAUUCCUGGACAGCAGAGGCUGGGACCCUGUGAGCUGCUUUGAUCUUACCAAAGA